GCCCAUCCGUGAUGAAUAAUUCAUGACUUUACAGUCGGUCUGGGCAGAGGUUUAUGUGCCAGUGUGUGGUGCUGCGUGUUCGAGUUUUAUUAAUGGACCAUUUAUGGACCACAUUAACGCACACAGACCAAACGUUUUCAAGCCACUGGAGUAGAAAGAUCUGGAGGACUGAUUGUAAAUCGAAGUAGGUUUUGUGCAGAUGACAGUGUAGCCUUUCUGUGUCCGGAGCUGAAAACGACGAGGAAGAGCAUAAAUACAGUAAAGAAAGACUGGUGCAGCAAGGACGAUUAGGAAGUAAAAAUAACACAGGAAAGUUUAUUGCCAAUGCAUGAUGCAUGGAGAGAGGGGGUGGAUGAGUUAGUCUGAGCCCACUGCACACAUUGUCCUCAGUGUGAAGAGACGGAUCUCGACAUCAUAUAGCGGCUGUUGGAAAGGGGUCAAAUAUGCAGAAGAUGUUGGAAAAGCAAAGAAUGUGCAGGACUUGGAGGAUUUUUAUGAAGAAAAGUGGGCAGUUUAACUGCUCAGGACAAACAAGGGACUUAUGAAGAACUCUCACAAAACAUAAACACAGUUGCUGAUCCUCCAGAUUCUGUAAGGCGUAUGUACACUUAUGACCUCAACUAUUGCCUCGCGGGUUCCUCAGCUCACGGACACCUUGUUUGACACCUCACAACGCUUGAAGGCCCUUCACUGACAGCCACAACAGUCCUUUGCUCUCCCACUCCAUCUCUCUGAAAACCCCGUUACUGUAUGUAAAUGUUGUUUUUGCUCCUUUCCGCAGCCACUAAUCACAUUGUUGUGCUCUAAGCUCUAAUGGCUUCUAAGAGGAGCGCAAAUUUGUUUUAAACAUGCAGUUGCUUGGUUUGGCGUUCACCAAGGCGUAGAAAGUGUUGACAGCAGAGGAGCGGGGUUAAUAAUCAUACCUCCAGUGUCUUCACUGAUGAGCCAAUUAAAGAGGAAAAGAAAGUUUUAGGAAGGAAAAAAAUACAGAUAGCAUUAUGAAAGGACACAAGUGGCUGUAAUUGGACUGGGGCACUAGCUAGAGCAGCUCGUGCACCCCUGUGAAGAAUUUCUUUCUCCUGAAAUGCUUUGAGAAAGAGAAAAAAGGCAUCAAUCUGAAGUGUGUGUGUGUGUGUAUGAGAGAGAAAUUUUUCAGAGCUCUGGAAAAAUGAAUAAGAGAGAAAAUGUGGCAUUUGAAAGAAAUUGGAUUUCUUUAAAUCAAGGCUGAUUUGAUAUAACUACUCCAAUGUAAUGCAAUGUCAAAUGAAUGACUAAGGACAGGAUGAAUUUUGUCACUGUUAUAUAAAUAAACUGAACUAUUGAAAUAAUGGUUUUUAGAAAAUGUGUUUCAUAUGUCAUUAUUUUAUUAAUGUGUUUAUGUAAUGUGUUUCAUAUUUAAUUAUUUUUUUCAUUAUUUAUCAGAGACCGAUUUAGCUAGCUAGCGCAAGCUUCAAGAUAUUGUCAUGUAAUCUUCGUGAUAUGGAGGAUUAGUAAGUAACUAUAUGAUGUAUGUAUGAAACUCAUGCUCUAUGAGUUUUAUCUGAAUUUAUUAGUGAACUAUUUAUUAGUAUAACCACUGAUUAUCAAAAGCAUGACACUUUUGGUCACAAACAUGAGGAUAUCCAUUCAUUUAUUCAUUUUCAGUAACCGUGUUAUCCUGGUCUGGGUUGCGGUAGAUAUGGAGGCUACCUCAUGAACACUGGCCUUGAGAUAUUUUACUAAAUUCUACCAACCACUGGCGUCAUGUUUAGGAACAGCCUGAAGAUGCUGUUGGGGGGAAAAGCCAGCCGGAAGAGUCGUAACAGCAGUGAUGGAGGGAGUGAGGAGGUCGGCGACCUUCGGAGUGCCAGCUUAGACCCUCAUCACGGUUUCGCCGGCCAAGGUAGCAGUAUAGACAGUGAGUGUGCAUUUGAGGGAGACUACGACGUGCCUCCUCUUUCCAUGGCUGAGGGUCUGCAGCAUAUGCGGAUCAUGGAGGGGGUGUCUCGCUCCCUCCCUUCCUCUCCUCUUCUCGCUCAUCAGACAGUCAACGUGCAUUUACAACCAGUGAAGAAGUUCAGCACAGGUUCAGCCACAGCCCCUCUACGGAAGCUUAAGUUUGUGGAGAGCCCUCGCAUACCUGAGUCUGACCUUGGCUCCCCUACACACACCGCUUCCGCUGCACAGAAUCCCAACCUGGACACACAGUCACCUGGGGAAGUAGGUGAGGAGCUUGGCCCCCCUCCUUCAGUGGAUGAGGCUGCCAACACGUUGAUGACUCGCCUUGGCUUCCUGCUCGGAGACAAAAUGACCGAGGGCCCUCCGGAGCUGCACUACAGCAUGGAUGAGGCUGAGGACGCGCAGGGUGUUGGGGUGAGCGCCAGGAUGAGUCCAUGCUCCACUCUGACCAGCAGCACAGCAUCUCCUCCAGCCUGCAGUCCCUGCUCCACUCUCCCUGCUGGAGCUCCAGGACAGGCCGUGAACAGCCCCAGCUCCACGCUGGAAAGCAGAGACAGUGGCAUCAUCGCCACCCUGACGAGUUACUCAGAGCCUGCAGAUCGCAGUGCCAAGCAUGGCGAGGGCACUCGCGCCAGCAGUCUCAAACUUUGGCACUCACAGCGUGCCACGCUCGACUCUGGCCUCUACCGCCUUGACGAAAACAUGGCUGCCUCCACCCACAGCCUCAACAAGAUUCCUGAGCCCAGCUCCACCCACCACUAUUCUCACCCCACCCCCCUGUACCUCAUGCCUCGCCCUAACUCUGUGGCAGCCACCAGUUCGGCUCACCUGGAGGACUUGGCCUAUCUGGAUGAACAGAGACAUGCUCCACUCCGGACUUCACUGCGCAUGGCGCGCCAAAGCAACAUGGCCGUCGGACGAUCUGGCCAGGAUCUGAGAGUGCGCUUCGCUCCAUACAGGCUCCAGGACAUAGCGCUGAAGCCGCUGCUCUUCGAGGUUCCCAGCAUCACGGUGGACUCUGUGUUUACGGGCCGUGAGUGGCUUUUCCAAGAAAUUGAUGCUCAGUUGAGCAGCACCAACCGUGCUACCAACCGGGGCGUGGUGCUGGUGGGAAACAUUGGUUUUGGCAAGACGGCCAUAAUCUCCCGCCUGGUGGCUCUCAGCUGCCAUGGCAACCGCAUGAGGCAGAUCGCCUCCGACAGCCCGCAGGCUUCACCCAAACAUGGAGAUGGCGUCCCUCUUACACAGCCUCAGCCCUCUCAUGGAACACUGGGAGGUGGCAGCUGCCCGGGAACUCCGGAGAUGAGGAGGAGACAGGAGGAAGCUAUGAGGAGGCUUGCAUCUCAGGUGGUGGCAUAUCACUACUGUCAGGCUGACAAUGCCUACACUUGCCUGGUGCCGGAGUUCGUGCACAACGUGGCAGCGCUGCUGUGCCGCUCACCACAGCUUAACACCUACAGAGAGCUGCUACUGAGGGAGCCACACAUUCAGAGCACGCUCAGUCUGCGUUCCUGCGUCCAAGAUCCACUCAGCGCUUUCACACGAGGAGUCCUCGAGCCCCUGGACACACUUUAUAAAGAGAGGAAGAUGACAGUCGAUGAAGAUUUCAUCAUUCUUAUAGACGGUCUUAAUGAAGCAGAGUUCCACAAGCCUGAUUACGGCGACACCAUUGUUUCUUUCCUUUGUAAGACCAUUGACAGGUUCCCAGCCUGGCUCAAGCUAGUGGUGACUGUUCGAACCUCACUGCAGGACAUCACAAAACCGCUGCCAUUCCACCGUAUCUCUCUGGAUGCCCUGGAGGAGAACGAUGCUAUCGACCGUGAUCUGCAGGCCUACGUGCUGCAGCGUGUUCAUGGCAGUGCAGAAAUCCAGAGCAACAUCUCGCUGAAUGGUAAGAUGGACGGUGCCGGCUUUGCCAAACUCAGCUCACACCUGAAAGCCCUCAGUCGUGGCUCAUUCCUCUACCUGAAGCUGACCUUUGACCUGAUCGAGCGUGGCUACCUGGUGUUGAAGAGCUCCGGCUACAAGGUGGUGCCUGUGAGCCUGGCUGAAGUUUACCUGCUGCAGCUGAAUAUGCGCUUUCCUACACAGUCAUCAUUUGAGCGAGCACUGCCCUUGCUCAACGUGGCGCUGGCGUCGCUGCACCCACUCACCGAUGAACAGCUCUACCAGUCGGUCAACGCCGGCACCCUCAGGGCCACGCUCGACUGGGAUGAUUUCCGGCAGAGGAUGGAGCAGUUGGGUGUCUUCCUGGUGAAGAGGCGUGACAAUACACGAAUGUUCGUGCACCCAUCUUUCCGCGAGUGGCUUAUCUGGAGGGAGGAAGGGGAGAAGACCAAAUUCCUUUGUGAUCCCAGGAAUGGGCACACACUGCUGGCAUUCUGGUUCUCCAGACAGACAAACAAACUCAACAGACAGCAGACUAUUGAACUAGGACAUCAUAUACUCAAAGCACAUAUAUUUAAGGGCCUGAGUAAGAAGGUGGGGGUCUCUUCGUCCAUUUUGCAGGGGCUGUGGGUGUCUUACAGCACUGAGAGUUUAUCCACUGCUUUAUCUUCCCUGAGAAACCUGUACACCCCUAACAUUAAGGUGUCCCGUCUGCUGAUGAUGGGAGGGGCAAACGUUAAUUACCGGACAGAGGUGUUGAACAACGCACCAGUGCUGUGUGUGCACGCUCACUUGGGCUACAUGGACAUGGUGAACCUACUGCUGGAGUUUGGGGCAAACAUGGACUCAGCAUCUGAGAGCGGCAUGACAGCACUGGGCUACGCUGCCACUGCGGGACACCUGAGCAUCGUCACUACCCUCUGCAAGAGAAGGGCUAAGCUUGACCAUCUGGACAGGAACGGGCAGUGCGCUCUGGUACAUGCAGCUCUACGGGGCCACAUGGAGGUGGUGAAGUUCCUGCUGCAUAGUGACUGGGGAGGUGAGGGGGCAAGUACCGCACAGCUCCAGACUCCCUCCCCCACCAAAUCAAGUGACUCCCCACAACUGUCCAGCCCAGAGCAACCGGAGAAAGAGCAGGAGCAGGAAGGAGAGGAGACUCCACAGGAGAAGGAAAGAGAGACAGAGCUCCCUGCUGAGCAGCAGGAGACCAAGGAGGAGUCGGAGAAAAACCGCCAGGAAGCUCAGCCUCAGCAGCAGCAUGAAGCCUUCAGGAAGAGUCACGCAAUACAGCAGGCUCUGGUAGCAGCAGCUAGUAUGGGACAUAUGGAGAUUCUAUCAUACCUGCUGGAUCUUCCUGAGAAUGAAAAAGAGGCUACAGAGUAUGCUCAGAUGAACAACUAUGACACUUUGUGGGGGGAAACAGCACUGACUGCAGCAGCCGGGCGGGGAAAGCUAGACGUUUGCCGGAUGCUGCUGGAGCAGGGCUCUCUAGUGGCUCAGCCGAACCGCAGAGGGGUCGUGCCUCUGUUUAGCUCUGUAAGCCAAGGACACUGGCAGAUUGUGGACUUGUUGCUGACUCAUGGAGCAGAUAUAAACAUGGUAGAUAAACAGGGACGAACUCCUCUGAUGAUGGCCGCUUCCGAGGGCCACAUAGAAACAGUGGAGUACCUGCUGGCUCAAGGUGCGUCCAUGCCCAUAACAGAUAAAGAAGGUCUUACUGCACUAAGCUGGGCGUGUCUAAAGGGUCAUUUGCCUGUGGUUCGCUGUCUGGUGGAAAGAGGUGCAGCCACUGAUCAUGCAGAUAAGAACGGGCGCACACCUCUUGACCUGGCUGCCUUUUAUGGAGACGCAGAUGUUGUGCAGUUUCUUGUUGAUCAGGGUGCUUUGAUUGAGCACGUGGACUAUAGUGGGAUGCGUCCACUGGACCGGGCUGUGGGAUGCCGCAACACAUCAGUGGUGAUGGCUCUCCUCAAGAAAGGAGCUAAGAUCGGUCCAGCUACAUGGGCAAUGGCAACCUCAAAACCAGACAUCAUGAUGAUCCUGCUGAGAAAACUUAUCGAAGAAGGGGAUGGCUUCUACAAGAAAGGCAAAGUGAAGGAGGCAGCACAACGUUAUCAAUACGCUUUAAAGAAGUUUCCUCGUGAAGGCUUCAGUGAAGAUCUGAAGGCCUUCCGAGAGCUCAAAGUCUCUCUGUUUCUCAAUUUGUCUCGCUGCCGCAGGAAAAUGAACGACUUUGGAAUGGCAGAAGAGUUUGCUACCAAAGCUCUAGAGCUGAAACCCAAAUCCUAUGAAGCAUACUAUGCUAGAGCCCGAGCUAAACGCAGCAGCAGGCAAUUUUCUGAGGCUCUAGAGGACCUCAGGGAAGCCAUAAAGCUGUGCCCCAACAAUCGUGAGAUUGUGCGCCUCUUGCAGCGUGUGGAGGAAGAAUGCAGGCGAGUAACCCAGUCAGAGGAGCCUGAGCUUGAGCCCCCACCAUCCCCACCCCCAUCCCCUUUGCCUGUGGAGGAAGAAGAGGAGCCACCUCAUCAUACUCCACCCCCAGAACCACGACUGGAUGACAUGGAACCUGUGCAAGAUCUUUUCGAGGAUGAUGACUUUCUGGAACAGGAGCUGGAGGGCAUGUCCAUUGGCCUUCCUCCUGAACGCAUCAAUACAUCUGGCCUCCAAAUUAUCCACAGCCCACCUCUCUCUCCUGUCCCUCUAUCAGGAGGCCAAACCUUUGAGUUCCACCCAAGCCCCUCUUCACUGUCAUCUCCAACUCGCCAAAGCUACCAAUCGACCUCACCUUGUGUAUCUCCCACACACCAGAAUUCCCAUUACCGACACAGUCCUCCACACACUUCUCCUGCCCAUCAAGCUUCCUACCGCUUCAGCCCUCCACCUAUGGGUAGUGGAGGUCAGGGGAUGGAUUACCAGAGUCCCCCACCUUCCCCUCUUCGUCGCACAGCACCGUACAGAGCCAGCCCCCCCUUGGAAAGCGUGUGUCUCUACCGUUCCCAAUCAGGAUCUCCAGUCCGAUACCAGCAGGAGCCUUUGCCCAGUCGCCCCAAAUCGCCUCUAUCUAAGAUGAGCAGUCAGCGCUCCUUUCAGCUUCAGUCGCAGCAAUCCCAGUGCUCCCAGUCCUCCCAACACCACCAGGCCCAAGGCCUCCGACUGCAGCCUUCCGUGGCCCAGAUUGUACGCACCAACCAGCCAGGGAGUGGCAUCUAUGGCCAAUUGGCCCACCCACUCAGCAGGUACCAGGGCAGCUCAAUGGACAUAGACCGGGAAAGAGAGCGGGAAGCACGGCUGGUGUACCAGCCCUCCCUGGAUGGAAGGUCCAUGUCUCAGGUACAGUCCAGUCUGAGUGUGGGUGCUCUAUGCCAGCAUGGAGGGCGAAGUGGGCCUGGCGGAGUACUCGAAUCUGGAGUGGGGAAAGAUGAAGUGCCUCAGCGUCCUGCCUCAGCCUACCGCUCUGCAACCGGAGGUCCAGGAGGAAUGCGCUUCAGCCAGACACCUCAAAUCAGCCGCAGCCAGUCUGCAGCGUACUACCCUGUCUCUAAGCAUGAGCUGGAGAGAGCUGCAGCAGCAUCCUCCAUGUCCCCAUGCCAGCUAGGCUCACCUGAGAUCCCACAUCUGGUGCGUCGGCCCAUCAGUGCAAACACGGGCGAUCUGAAACCACACAUGUCCACCCCUAGACCCCUAAUCCACUCUCAGAGUGUGGGUCUGCGCUUCUCCCCCUCCAGCAGCAAUAUCUCCUCAGGCUCUGGUCCUAAUCUAGCCUCUGGAUUUAGGCCUUCCUCCUCCAUGGCCCAGAUGGAGAUCCCCCUACAGGUGGCAUAUGAACGCAGCUUUGAUGAGCCAUCCUCACUCUCGCCCUCACAAAGUGGCCUGUACCCCAGUGAGCCAGCCCGCUCCCGGACAACGCCCUUCAUGGGCGUCAUUGACAAGACAGCACGGACUCAGCAGCAGUACUUGCACCAGCCUUCUCGUGCAUGGCCAGUCACAUCUCUGGACAAUGUCAUCACCAGCCCUACAUCACCGGGGAAUCUGAUUCACCAGGCAUCUACAGCCUCUUCCUAUAGCCCGCCCACCUCAUUAGGUAACAUUGCCUACUACAACAAGACCAACAAUGCCCAAAAUGGGCACAUGCUGGAGGAUGAGUACUAUAGCCAGCCACAGCCCUCAUCCCUGGGCAAGCUGGCAAAUGGAGGAGCCCGUGACAGGGACCUCCUGGAGCGGGUCAGUCAGGUGCCCACAUACCAGGAUGUGAAGGUGGCACGGACAAUGCCCGUGGCACAGGCAUACCAGGAAAGCAUGUACCGCCAGCUCUCUCGUGAUGCCAGGCAAGGCCCCACCUCACCCAUUAAACCAAAGAGACCCUUUGUGGAAUCAAAUGUGUAACAAGGCCAGUAGAGUGUAACGGAUGUGUGAUAAGGAGUGAGUGUGUGAUUAAAUGUGGUGGUGGUCCAGUGUAUUAAAAUAACUUAAGAAAUUAUGUCAUUUUUUUGAAACUCUACUAACCCAGGGAGGGUAAUGUUGAUAUAUUGCAACUUCAUGAAAGAAAUUGCUAAUGCCUUGAUCUGUGCCUGCUUCUGGUAUACUUGAGGCAUAAGCUUUAGCCCUAGAGCAAAAGACUUGAGACACUUGGACUUAAAAUUCCAUGAAUAUGAUACCACUGAAUGUUCUUUACGGCUCUGCACAUUAUGUGAAAGCACAUUUCUGAACCUUCCCUGAAUUGAAGCAACAAACAUGCACACACACACACACACAGCUUGAGGAACAGUGUGUGUCUUGCAGUUAUUAUCCCACAAGUGUGAGUGAGCAUCGUGAACAAGAAUGUGUGAGUCACGGACUGUUCGUGCAUUUAAAAGCUUAAAUCAUUUCCUCUCUUCAGUAGGCAAUUCCAAACAGGACUGCUAGGCCUUCCAGAGUAUAUAAUGUUGGAUUAUUCAAUGCUGUUUAAUAAAAAAGCUGUAGUUACAGAAGGAACACAAAGGAAUAUUUAUACCUGAGUUCGAUAAUGUACAAAUCAAAGCAUAAACCUAGUUUCUGUGUUUGUUUUAUUUUAAGUUAUCUUUAUUUUUGUAUCUUUUAUGGCAGGAGAAAUGGUACAUAAUAUUUUCGAAAAUGCAGAUUCAGAGUUUAUGGAUUUAGAGAGGGGAAUGUACAAACUUUCAGAACACUGUUUUUCAAAAGCGUUAUAUCAAGAGUUAUAUCCUCAUUUUUACAAUAACAUUUAUUAUGAAAUGAGAAAUGACUAUCUAUAAAUGACCUGGAUAGAGAAUACAUUAUAGUUGUAAUGCAGAAUGACUCAGUAGUGACCCAUGGGGUCAUUUUGUUUUAAGAGCAAUCACUGAAAAGGCUGAAGAACAGUCUUAUUUUGUUUUUAAUGAACUGAAGCAUUGAUGUAAAUUGGAUCUUCCAGUCCUCAAAGUUUGUACAUGCUCUGCUCCAUAUAUAAAAUGAUAUUUCAGGGGUGUUGAAUAAUUGAAGGUAGUUCCUUUUUUAUUUCGAAACCAUUUUAACAGUUAGAGUAUUGUUUGAAAAUAUGAAAAGCAUUAGUAUAUUUAGCUAUAGUAUAUUUGUUUUAACCUUUCAGUGACAAUAUUAGUUGUUGUUUUUUUUAUUAUUAUUUAUUUUUUUUGCUGCACUGUAUGCCCAUGAAAGCUCUGAAGAAAAAAUAGCACUUUAUUAAUUUCAUUCUGAUAAUGGAAAAUCAUACAGUAGGCAUGGGGAGUUGCUCAUUCAGAUUUAAAAAUGACUAACAAACAGAGUGAACACUGGAAUAUUAUUUGUGAAUUAAUUGUCCUACUAGAAAAUCAAAAUAGCAGUCUUUGUUAUUGGUGCAAUCUUGUUUUCUUUUACAAAGCUAAAGAAUAAGCAGUAAAACGAGUGAAACUAUGUUUUUAAAAAGCUAUGAAAACAUGUAUAUAAUAGCCUUUAUAGAGUGCACUGUAUGUGCUGUAUAUACUGGCCAAAUGUGUUUAUGCGUAAACAAUUCAUAACUAUUUCUCUAUAGCUAAUUCUUCACUGUUGCAGGUUAACAUCUAUGAGACAAAUGAAUAACAGUAUCCAGUAUGUAGAGGUGAAUAAUUGAAGCAAAUAUGCGUGAAACACGGGUUUCCAGGGUUUGGUAGCAUCCUGAAACACCACCAAAAGAUUUUUACUAUACACUCCAAGAAAUGUUUAAGAAAUGUUUUCUGAAAAGUCAUUAAAGCUCUCUGCAGUAGAAUGCAAUAUAGCCAACAUGCAGUGUUCAAACCGUCUGUGGUCACAUGUUCUCAAUAAUGGACUCUGCUGUCUUGAGUAAGCUCAUACAUUUGAAGUAUUGCCAGUAACCCUUCAACCCUUCUCAUGCAGGAAUAAUUGAUAGUGCGGAUUAUAAGGAUUAUAAGGAUUAUUCAUCAAAUUAAAGGGAACAAAGGUCUCUCUUUAAGAAGGGAUAGUUUUAUCAGUGUCGAUUAUUUUGCUGUAAAUACAGAUGCAUGUUCUAUCCUCAGCCACCCCUGAGCUCAUGUGCACACGCUGAAGUGUACUUGAUGUAUAUCUCAAAUGAAGCUGGUGCCCAAAUAAUUCAUACCAACCUCUCAUUUUUUUCCAAUCGUUAAUUAGGAAACACACUACUGACCUCCUAUGAGUUGAACUGGGCUUUUUAUUUUGAUUUUUAAUUUGCAUUUAAGUUCAUAUUACUGUACUUGCUUGCUGCGCUGAGUUCUCUUGUCUGUAAAUGUGAGCUUUCAGAGCGCUGUGACAAAGUUCUAUGACUUCAAUAAAACAGAAUGUGUUUUUAUCAGA